AUGCGUGAGAUCGAACGGGCUGAACUGGCGAAAGAAUUGGACGUUGAGUUAGAUCAUUUCAUUGAAGGCCUCGCGAAACAGUCUGCUGAAACAGUCUCAAAAAAGCCAUUUAAUUACGAUGAAUGGUGUAAGGAGAUCGAUCAGCAUCCAGCGUUUAUGACUGAGAUAAAGCCCGAUAAAAAUGGCGAAUUCUCAGAAGGAGUUCAGGCCUUACAAGCUUUAAAAUAUGAAGAUCGCAACAUGCUAGGUCGGAAAGCAAACGCAGAGCAACAUAAAAUAGAUGGCAAUAGACAUUUCAAAUUCAUGAAGUACAAAUGGGCUAUUGUGCGAUAUACUGAUGGUAUUAAUCAAAAGUGUGCUGAUCGGUCUUUAAAUUCGGUUUUGUAUGCUAAUAGAGCUGCUGCUCAUAAGCAAAUUGGAAACUUGAAUGCUGCCUUUAAAGACUGCUGCUGUGCUCGAAAAUUUGACCCGGAAAAUGCCAAGGCAAUCAUUCGUGGAGCUGAGUGCCUUAUCGAACUUGGUCGCGGAAAGCAAUGUUUAGAUUGGCUCAGAACUAGUGACGAUUAUUUCGAUACAAAAGAAUCAAUUCCACCUUACAAAGGCAGUAACACAGGUAUUGAACGCUUUAACAAUUUGUACAAGAAAGCACUGCAGCUCUCUACAGUAGAAGAGCGAAAUGAACGAAAGAAGCGACUAGAAGCUACAAAAGAUUUGGAUGAAAAGCGAAUACUAUUAUCUGCUUUUGCUGAGAGGAACAUCAAAUUCCGACCGGAGUUACCCUUACAUGACCCUCAGUCAUUUGAAUGGUCUAUGAUUGAAGUGGAUUUGCCAUGGCUGAAAAAUCGAGAAAAAGUGUAUCUUGAUGAUUGUGGCGUAAUGCAUUGGCCGCUCCUAGCACAAUACCCUGAACUAGGGAAGAUCGAUCUUAUAACUAACUGUUCGGAAGAAAGCUCGGUGGACGAGGUUUUUCGUAGUGUAUUCCAGAGAAAUGCGUUAGCUGAUGUUUCUAAUUUGACGUUCAGUAGUGAUAAUGUUCGAUAUUUUGUGACAGUAAGGAUGGAUAAAAAUUACGACUGUGCAGAGUUUGAUUCUUCUGUUAAAAUUGGUGAUUUAUUUUCUAUUCGGGGCUUCUUUGUAGAGCAAGGAUUACCCAGUAUUCAGAUCUACACCAAGAAACAUGCCGGAAUAAAUUUUGUGCACAUGGAAGAUUGCUAUUAUAAAGUUAAAUAA